AUGGAGGAGCUAAGCAGCGUCGGGGAGCAGGUCUUCGCCGCCGAGUGCAUCUUGAGCAAGCGGCUCCGUAAGGGGAAGCUGGAGUACCUGGUGAAGUGGCGAGGAUGGUCCUCCAAACACAACAGCUGGGAGCCAGAGGAAAAUAUCCUUGAUCCAAGACUGCUCCUAGCCUUCCAGAAGAAGGAGCAUGAUAAGGAGUUGCAGAACCGGAAGAGAGGCAAGCGUCCAAGGGGCAGACCAAGGAAGCAUGUGGUGGUGUCGGCUUGUAGCAGGCGCUCCAAGAUCAAGGAACCGGAUAUACCAUCAAAAUCAAAAACCAGCAGUUCUUCUUCUUCCUCUACCUCUUCCUCCUCCUCUGAUGAAGACGAUGACAGUGACUUGGAGGCUAAGAGAGGUCCCCGGGGCCGAGAGACCCAUCCUGUGCCUCAGAAAAAAGCUCAGAUCUUGGUGGCCAAACCUGAGGUAAAGGAUCCCAUCAGAAAAAAGAGGGGUAGGAAGCCUCUUCCCCCAGAACAAAAGGCAGCCAGGAGACCUGUGAGCCUGCCAAAGGUGCUGAAAACUACCCGAAAGGAUUUAGGACCAUCAAGCAAACUGCCCUCCUCACUCGCCACCCCAGUGGCAAGCCUUGCUGCCCUCAAAGCUCAUGCCAAGGAGGCCUCCUCUACCUGUGGCUCAUCUACCACAGAGAACUUGUCCAACCUGAUGAAGGGCAUGACGGACAGUCCCAACCGAGGAAGCAUCAGCUGGCAGAGCUCCAUCAUGCACUACAUGAAUCGAAUGACACAGAGCCAGGCUGAGGCAGCCAACAGAUUGGCACUGAAAGCCCAGGCCUCUAAUAAGUGUGGCUUGGGUCUGGACUUGAAAGUGAGAAACCAAAAGGGGGAUCUAGGACUUAACAUGCCAGGAACCAGAGCCAUGACAGCCCCUAGCUUGGGGGCCGCUGAACAGAAGUCAGGUGGCACCGGGAGGACCCCAAGCCUACACAAUGGGGGCAAAGUGGGCACAGUGUCCCUUGGCACUCAACCAGCUUCAAACCAAGAUCUGAACCUCCAGGCAUUGAACUUGCAAAGUGUGAAAAAUGGAGCCACAGGGAGUGCUCUGCUUCCCCUAUAUCCCACAGCUGCCAACCUGAAAACCACCAGCAAUAUCAAUCCCACUGUUGGCAAAGGAGUGGGGAGUGGGACCGCUGGAGGGGCUGGAGUGGAUGCCAGCAAAGGUGAGAAACUGGUAGCGAGGGGUGCCGUUGUUGCCGCCUCUGGAAACAAGAGGGACAGUAUAAAAAGUAAUUCCAAAUCCACUGGGCAGGAGGGCCACCUGGUCGCAGGUGAGACCCGAAAAACAAUGGCUCUAUCAGAGAUGAGUACCGGCGAGGAUAGUAGUAGCACUGACUCAGAGCGGGACUCUGCCUCCUUCCCAGGCACCACGGGACAGAACUUGUCUGUCUCCAUCCAGACCAGCCAGGACUGGAAGCCAACCCGAAGCCUUAUCGAGCAUGUCUUUGUCACAGAUGUGACUGCCAACCUUAUCACGGUCACUGUGAAAGAGUCCCCCACCAGUGUUGGCUUUUUCAACCUGAGACAUUAUUGA